AUGGGCACUUGUAGAGAAGUAGAGCAUAAUACUCAAAUCUUCGUUCCCGGUCCGAUCGUCGUCGGUGCCGGUCCGUCUGGUUUAUCCGUAGCGGCUUGUUUAUCAAACCGAGGCGUACCAUCGGUUAUCCUCGAGAGAACCGAUUGUUUAGCUUCUUUGUGGCAAAAACGUACCUACGACCGUCUCAAACUCCAUCUCCCUAAACACUUUUGCGAGCUUCCUCUAAUGAAAUUCCCUAAAAACUUCCCAAAAUACCCUUCCAAGCAACAGUUCAUAUCCUACGUUGAGUCUUACGCUGCCCGGUUUAAUAUCAAACCGGUGUUUAACCAAACCGUCGAGAAAGCCGAGUUCGAUGUCCUCUCUGGUCAAUGGAAGGUGAAGACGCAGGACGGCGUGUAUACAUCCACGUGGCUAGUGGUAGCUACUGGGGAAAACGCUGAACCGGUGUUACCGGAUAUAUCCGGUUUGAAGAAGUUUAUUGGACCGGUUGUUCACACCAGUGCGUAUAAGUCCGGUUCAGAGUUUGCAAACCGGAAGGUUUUGGUGGUUGGGUGUGGAAAUUCCGGUGUGGAGGUGUGUUUGGAUCUUUGUAGAAACAAUGCUCUGCCUCAUAUGGUCGUUAGAAAUUCUGUACAUGUAUUACCAAGAGAUUUUUUUGGUCUAUCGACUUUUGGAAUAGCAAUGACACUACUGAAAUGGUUUCCUCUAAAGCUGGUUGAUAAAUUUCUCGUACUUCUUGCUAAUUAUUCGUUGGGCAAUACCGACCGGUUAGGCCUACGGCGACCUAAAACCGGACCAAUUGAGCUCAAGAAUGUCACCGGCAAAACUCCGGUUCUUGAUGUUGGCGCCAUAUCUUUGAUCCAAUCGGGACAAAUUAAAGUGACGCAAGCGGUGAAGGAAAUAACAAGGAACGGUGCAAAGUUUGUAGAUGGGAAAGAAAUGGAAUUCGACUCCAUAAUAUUAGCGACCGGGUAUAAGAGUAAUGUGCCCGGUUGGCUUAAGGAUAGUAGUUUUUUCACGAAAGAUGGAAUGCCGAAAACGCCGUUUCCUAACGGUUGGAAAGGAAAGAAUGGACUAUACACGGUGGGUUUCACGAGAAGAGGGCUCUUGGGAACGGCCUUUGACGCCGUUAAAAUCGCUGAGGAUAUAACAGACCAGUGGAUGAAGUUUAACGGUCCAUUGAAUUGUCGUAAUAUUUGUAGUUCCCAUAUUAUUCAUCUUCAUUUCAAUAAAUCAUAA